AUGGCGGACUCACCCCAAGUCGAGGAAAGCGAGAAAGCAGAGGGUAGCGUACCCCGCGAAUCUGCAAGCUCUCCGGUUGCUCCUGAUCCAUUCCCACGGAAAACUUGGGCAAUGCCAAAAGCGCCACCAAAGGUGGAGGGCACAGAUCCUGCCAAGAAGAAAUCUCUCUUGGAGAUCAUGGAAGAAGAACGCAACAAAGAGCAAGAGACAAAGGUGACCGAGCAAAGGAAAUUGGUACAACGGCUCGAACAGGAGGAAGAAGCAGCUUUGCUAAAGGCGAUGCAAGCUUCCAUGGCGACUGGCGAAAGCGGUCAGGAAGAUGACAUGGAUGAAGACCUCAAAAUGGCAUUGAUGAUUUCCAUGCAAGAUCAGGCACAAAGUCACGGCAAGAUGCCACCGUCGACCCCCUCGGCGGCAGUAGCAUAUUUUCCAGCCACGGCACAAGUGCCUCCGGCCGCCGCCGCCGCUGCUGCAGUUUCCAACGACGGUGGGUUGACAGAGGAGGAAAUGAAGGAAAUUGAACGGGCUCUCCAGGACGCCGAUGCUGCUGAAAAUUCCACGGUAGACGCCGCAUCAUUAAAGCUGGCUCUAGAUGAUCUCU